AUGUCUCCUUACGAGCAGCAUGAGCAGCUGCUGGACAGUGCCCCUCCUAUGCCCUGUCCUUCUCUGUGGGCUGUAAAUCUGAGCAGGACGGAGGCCUGCGCCAUCAAUCACCUCCUUUCAGAGCGGGGCAGACAAGGCGAGGCCCGCCCCCCAGGACAGGGGGGUGGAAGUUCUCAUGCCCUCCCCGCCUUCCAAAGCCCUGCGCCCUACAGACACAACUCCGACAGCUGGUCCGGCCAUUAG